AUGGGCCUGAACAUGGCUACAGCACUAAAGGAAAUCGCCACGCAUAUGCGAUGGUGGUUCCUGGAUAAGGGAGCGGCGCACAUCCGUGAGCCUGACGUCGUUAUUUGGCCAAUUGUGGACAUCGCCGAAGCCGAAACUCCAAUAGCAAUCUCGGUCCUCUCCCUGACGUACAAAGCAGACCCUGGAGUCCAAGACAUCUACUUGGACGCCCAGCAAAACAUGGUUGCUAUCCCAGACAUGAGCCGGUUCGUGAUGCAGGGGAGGUUCCAGGACGGAUCUCAGCUACAGUCGUAUGCAGCACACAUUUUGGGAGACAUCGGCAGCAGUUACAACUACUCCAUGCUGCCGGAGGAGCCCCUGACCGAACAGCCUGUCGCGAAAUACCCAUCCUCAUUCUGGAACGCAACAAACCAUUGGGAAUAUGUCUUUGUCAACUCAGCUCCCGGCCAGAUCUCGCGAGACUUCAACUUUCUCUCCGUCUUCUCCAAUCAAUCCAUCCUAUCAUCAGCCACCUGCCUGACACCACCGUACGAUUUCCAUCUCAACAGCACUACUCAGACAAUCGUAAUCCAACAGAGGGACCCGGGCACCAACAGAACCAUCACCUUUCCCACCUUCGGCGUGCUAGAAGAACAGCUUGUCUACCUUACCAAACCCUUCUCUAGCGAGGAGAUUCGAAACCAAUCCGACACAACAGGUCACUGCGGACCAGGAUGCAGCACCGUCGACGUGCUCGAAUCUCAAGCCGGCCCUCCAGCCCAAGACUCGUUUGUCAACCCGGACUCGUUGUUUUUUUACUACGAGUGCAACAUCACCGUCGCACCCAAAGGCGACGUUCCACGCGCCGGCCAGUUCAACCUGUCAGCUACCAACGCAGCCCUCGCCGCGCAGGCCAUCGCCCUGUCCGGUCGGACCAUUCUCGAACCCGAAGGGACCGUCUACACGUCAUAUAACCUGGGCUUGCCGUUCGGCCAGGUGCAGAAUAACAGCGCGGCGGGGAUGGCCGCCAUGGUUUCCCGGUUUGCUAUCGGCGUUGUGGCUGCGGCCGCGCAGACCAAUCCCAAGAUUUUGGUACCGGGACGCCCGCCGAGACAGGGUGUUAGCCUUGUGCUGGAUCAACCUGCUGCGUUUGCUGCCAUUCUCAUUGCGACGCUGGGGGUCCACUUGGUGUUGUUUGUGCUUGCGGUUCUGAUGGUCAGAGGAGUCGAACAUGGAGUCUCGAUAGAAGCAACGGCUUAUCGGCUUAUGUUGUACAACUGCGAGACCGGAGGAACCGGGUGCGCAUCGGCUGAGCUCCGGAAGAGACUCCGAGGUGUGGGACCGACGCCACGGGAGCUGCCUGCCAAAAUAUUCUUAGCUCGCGGCUCUGCUUGGGCUCCGGGAAACAAACGGCUGGUCGGGUGGGAACGGGCAAAGCCUCAGGCAUCCGGUUCUACCCUGUCUCCACAGGUCUGA